GUAGUUCUUUGCUGUUGGCACUGACCAUACAAGUAGUACAGUAUUAACUUUUUUUAUGAGUGGAAGAUCUGAUCACAAUGGGGAGUUUUUUCACUAAGAAGAAAAAAGAUACGAGAAUCACCGAACAAGACAAAGCAGUAUUACAACUGAAGGUUCAACGUGACAAACUGAAACAGUACACUAAGAAGCUUGAAGCAAACUUAGUGAGAGAAAAAGAAGCUGCCAGAGCUCUUUUGAAAAAUGGCCGUCGAGAGAGAGUUAAACUUCUUUUAAGAAAGAAAAAAUUCCAAGAAGGAUUAAUCCAGAAAACAGAAAAUCAAUUAGAAACAUUGGAACGGCUGGUCCAUGAUAUUGAGUUUGCACAGAUUGAAGCCAAUGUUUUACAGAGUCUUAAGGAAGGAAAUGAUUCCCUGAAGAAAAUGCAUGAGUUAAUGUCACUUGAAGAUGUGGAAAAGAUAAUGGAUGAAACUGCAGAAGGCAUUAAAUACCAACAGGAAAUUGAUGAACUGUUGGCUGGUGGUUUGACGGAAGAGGAUGAAGACGAUGUCCUUGCUGAACUGGAUGCACUUAUAGAGGCAGACGUUGAACCUGCAAAGAAAGAAGAAUUACCUGAAGACAUUCAGUUGCCAGAUGUACCAGAAGAUAAGCUGGAAGAUAAAAUUGCUGAAAAGAAGCAAAAGGCAGCAGAACCUGUGAUGGUUGCAUCUUGAUAUCAUCUUCAAGAAAGUAAAAAAUAAUGGAUGAACUCUUUAAAAAAAAAACAAUGAAUGUUAAAAAAAAAAAAGCUACGACGAAUUAUUGAUAAAAGAAAGAUUUAAACCAAAUGCUGUGUUCUUUAGCAGCUGCAUUCUCUCAUUGCUCCCAGAGGUAAUAUGAAUGAUUAUAAAUGUCAUUGCUGACAACUUUCAAUGGUCUGAUCAGUGCAGUGACUGAACUAAUGAUAGAGGAAAGCCAAGAAGGAAAUAAUUAACUUAGAAAAAGAAAUCAAGAAGUGGAGACUGACAGAAAACAAAACUAAUCCAAACUGGUGUCCAUUACCUGUCUUUCUUGACAUUGUUUAACACUUUUAAUUAUUUUGUAAUGUUAAAAAAAAUUUAACAAUAAUAAUAAUUAUUAUGAUAAUAAUAAUUCAAUUGAUUCCACUUAAUUGCAUAGCCUCAGUGAAUGGAAUUCUUGUACAAUUUACCAAAUUUGUGUGGUAGAUGACAAAGUGCAAGAUUUCAGUAUAUUAUCAGUCUUAAGAUAUUGUGGAUAUGUUACAUGUGUAUGGUUUAUAUAAUAAAACUUUAUUUACUUACAGUAUGUUUUGUAUCUAUAUAAUUUACUUACGUUCUACUCUGUCUAUCCUCUCAAAAACUAUAAGAAAAUAACUUGGACUUCAUGCAAUGAUGUUCUUCAGUUAUUCAAACUUAGAUAGAUUCUUGUGUAUAGACAGUGAUUUUCAAUUUGCACAUACUUACAUUUAAAGGUUUGCAGGUUAAUUAAUUAGGCCAGUCAUUGACUAAUUUUGUCAAUAAUGAAAACAAAAGAGUGUGUAGUCGUCACUUUAUUUAUAUAAAACAAACUUUUUACAAAUUUUAUCUACAAUAAAGAUUUAUGGAAGAAAUUUAUCAUGCAAUUGAUAAAAAAAUAAAUGAAAUUGAACUGGGAUCUGAAAUUUGAUAUGGAAUAGUAAACAUACAUUGAAUAUAUUUGACUAAUUUGGAACCAUGAAUCUGUCAUUUAACUCAGUAUGGAAAUACAGGGUCCCAGGAUCACAUUCAUUAUCUUAUUAUAUAUUAUAAAUGGUCAGUCGUAUGCAACAUUUUACCAUUUUUUUUUUCUAAAAAUCAGUAAAAAUUGUGCACUUAACUGAAAUUGACUUUGCAUAUAGAAUUAAUUAUUCAAUUUUUUAUGGAUUUGAUGGUGAAUAAUUUGUUGUCUUGUAAUGUUAUGCAAUUAACCAAAUUAUGUAAUUAUCCAGUAUGUAAUUAAGUGGAAUUGACUGUAAAAAUAAUGCUGAUAAUAUUAAUAAUGAUAAUUAUAAUAAAUAAAGUUCUUGCUACUUAUGAUUUCUAAUAUAUUUUCCCAUGUUACAAAUUAUAUAAAAUGAAACAACAAAUUUACAGCAGAUUGUAUGUGUGUGUUUGUUUGUGUGCUUGUGUGUGUGUGUGUGUAAACAGCCUUUUUGCCAUUCUAAAAUUGCUCUAUAUUUCUAUGAUUAUUAAAUGAGAAUCAAAGAUUGUCUCCUGCUUGUCAAUAUUCUGUACAUUGCAUUGUUAUUAAACAAUUGAAGCCUCUAAUUCAGGAUUCUAUUUCAACUUGA